CGAAAUACAAAGUUUUUCGUCAUUGACCCGUAUUUUUUGACCGCGAGUGUACCUAAUAAUGUCUCUUUAUUCGUGAGAUCGCUUCAUAUUAGUUCAACCAAAAGUCGUUAUUAAUGCUGCAUUCAAAGCUUUCUACAUGUGAAAAAAAAAAUGUUGUUUACUGCCAAUUGUUACGUUUUAACAUGCUUUCUUGCGGUUUGCUAUCUGGGAGAAAUUAACAAAUUCAACCAUUUUUGUAGUUUAUUACUAGGUCUCAUUGAGUCAUUUAGUUUCUCAUGAUUGUUGAUGAAUGAGAAACAUUAGGUAGGAAGGUUUGUGUUUCGAUUUAGAUAUUUACAUUAUUGUGACUGGUCUGUAAAUACCAUCAGGUAGGUCUCAAUAAAAAUCACAACGGUAAUUUUAGGGCAAUUACCUGAAGUUAACGUUUCAAUAGAUCAAGAAAAGAACUAAUAAAAGCUUCAGCAUAGCCGUUAGCAGUCGACGUAGGCUGUAGACUACUUCCUCAAAAUACCUCCUUCGCUGCAACUAUCAUCUGCAAAGAUCCUGUGCUGUGGCCAAUGACGAUGAUGGAACAAAAGCUUAGUCAGGUAAAAUAUUAAUCUAAUCAAGUUAAUCUGCAAUAAAAUCGUAACAAAUUUAGCUCAACGUUUAUUACAAAAUCUGAGACUAAAUGUAAAAUAACAUGGAUGGAUUAUGAAUGUAAUUCAUUCAUAAAGUCGCCAUGUAGGUGAUGUUGGUACUUUUACGGCUGGGUGUACGAUCAGCAUCAAUACCGAGUUGUGAAUGACUUCACGUCAAAAGUACAUAUAUACCAUUUUCUGAUAGCUUUAUAAAAAGCGACCCUUACAGUUUGACAGGUACACAUAUGUAGUGAAAGUUAGGGGACGUCAUUAAAAAGCAUAAUUAAUGGGUAAAUUCUAUAUUUAGUUUAAUUUAUAGCCCGUAUUGGAUUUAUGCAAUGUAUAACAUAAUCUUGAAAGAUAUCAUUAGUAUCAUUACAUUAAUUGACCUAUUUCAAACAUAAAAAUAUGCAACUUUCCAUUCUUAGAUUAGUAUGUUGUCAUAAUUGGAUAAUAAGAACAAUUUAGACAAGAAUGUUAUUGUUGCAUGAAAUUAUAGUACCGGCAGAGUUCAUUUACAUCGAACCAGAGUUCAAAGAUUAAUAAGACCAUGCACGAUAUUUUGUAAUGGAAGCCACGUGUUUGAUCAUUAGUGUUGUUAUUUUCAAAGUCAUACAUAGUCAAUACAUUCAUUAUUCAAAUAUGAACUUUAAAUUGUCAAGUUUUACAAAUAUAAAUUUUAUACGUAUACGUAUACGAAAUAGAUAUUUCGUUUUGAGUGGAUUUAUUUCACACCCAAAUCAUUAAUUAGAACGACGAUUGCUUAACAAUUUAUAAUUGCAUCAAUCUAACUUUCAGUGAGUGUCAGUGUGCAAGAGCACUACCCGCGCUAAGAUACUACUAAACUAAGUUCAGCUACUAAGGGCGACCUGGAUUUGAAAAAGACAGUAGGUAUUCACAAAUAUAUUAUCAUUUUUUAGAAUGUGUAACUAGAAAAAAACUAUAAAUAAUUGAUAUUAUAUGCCUCCUAAUGUUACGUAUGAUAUUUACACAUAGCUAAACGUUAACACACACAGACACAAACAUCCACAGAUCAUCGAAAUAAUUAAUACAAAUAAAUAUUUAUUAUUUUUUUCAAAUCAAAUUAAAAUUUUGUUCACAAGGAAAAUGAUCAUUAUUGAAAGAAAAUGUGGUAUCUAAGUCGGUUCGUGCCUAAAUAUAAUUAAUUUAAUUGUAAAGGGCAAUGUGAUGAUUCGCUAAGGUUACUUCAUUCAUCUUCUUUUAAAUUCAACUCAAUCAGUUCGGAAAUUUGGUAUGUAUGUAGGCAGACUUUCUCCGGGUGAAACGGAGUGGGGGCGACCUUGUUAGAGGGAGGCUGGCUGGCACCUGCGCCUGAGUUUACACUUGUCACUAGCCUGCCGCGCGGAACCGCCGCGCCAGACGUACAAACGCGUCGGCACGCACGUGCUUGCACGAUAUUUUCAGUGGGAUUUUUGUGACUGUGUGUGUUGGACUGUGUGGUGGUUUGCUGUUUUAACUUUGGAAGAUUAAAACCUGAACGAUGCGGCUGCGACGCGGACUGGCUGGCGUCCUCCUCAUAUUACACUUGAGUGUAGCUCUCAGCGACCAAACAUCAAACGAGAGUGGCGGGGGUGGCGGAGCUAACGCAGACUCCAGCAAUGCCGUCGAGUCGUCGGCUGACCAGCUGGCCAUGGAGUCCUCGGAACGGGAGUCGCCGAGCCACGCGUACAACGGACCCCCGCCACCAGCUCCCCCACCACACAACAGAAGACAAAACCCACCACAUCAUCAGCAACACCAUGCAUUAGGUAUGCCAAGGAUCACGAAUCAUCACCCUAUCCACUCGAAACCAUUUGCUCUAGGGCCGCCAGUUAGUCACCAUAAGAACGACAUAGGACCUGGCUUCAGAGGUCCACCCCCUCAAUCUGCUGCACCGACCGACGCUCAAACAUCUGCGAGCGACAAAGUGUUCAGUGGUGCCGGAGAUGUGUGGCCAGCUCCUGCUCCUGAUAUGCCUAAAAUUGUUUCUUUGGACGUCAAGUGUGAAAAGAAUGCCAUGCGAGUUUUUCUGAGUUUUGAUAAACCAUUUUUUGGAAUAGUUUUCUCAAAAGGGCAUUAUUCCAAUCAUCAAUGCGUCCACCUGCCACCCAACCUGGGCAGAACAACAGCAUCAUUUGAGAUUGGAGCUCACGCUUGUGGAACAGCCGGUAGUGGGGAUCCUAGAUACAGAGGAGACGUGACGGCUGCAGGUACAUACUUUGAAAAUGUAAUAGUUAUUCAAUACGACCCACAGGUCCAGGAGGUUUGGGAUCAGGCUCGAAAAUUACGCUGCACAUGGCACGAUCAGUAUGAAAAAGCAGUCACCUUCCGACCUUUCCCAGUAGAUAUGUUAGAUGUUGUACGCGCCGAUUUCGCUGGUGAUAACGUUGGAUGUUGGAUGCAAAUCCAAGUGGGUAAAGGACCAUGGGCCUCUGAAGUAUCAGGUCUGGUAAAGAUUGGCCAAACUAUGACCAUGGUAUUGGCCAUUAAGGAUGACGAUGCAAAGUUCGACAUGCUUGUACGAGACUGUGUAGCUCAUGACGGUCAACGCGCUCCUAUACAAUUAGUCGAUAGGCGAGGCUGUGUAACACGACCAAAACUAAUGUCAAGAUUUACGAAGAUUAAGAAUUUCGGGGCCAGUGCUUCCGUUCUUUCAUACGCACACUUCCAAGCAUUUAAAUUCCCUGAUUCCAUGGAAGUGCACUUUCAAUGUACCAUACAGAUUUGCAGGUAUCGCUGCCCUGAGCAAUGCUCUGAUGGUGGUCAAAAUGUUAUUGCUCCCCAUGCCGAAUACGGGCCUCCUCAGAUAGACGCUUUCCCAGUCGGCGCUGAAGUAAGAAGAGAUGAGCGAAGAGUGCGAAGACAACGUCGUGCUACAUCGCCUGAGAAAGAAGUGGGAGUAAACCGAGUUAUACGUGUUGUUUCCGCCGGAGAUUUGAAUUUAGAUUCUACAGAAGAAACGGCUGCUCCUAGAAUUGUACCCACUCCUGGUCUAGUUUGCAUGACUACUCCAGGGUUUGCAGCGACCCUCGGAGCGCUUCUUGCCACAUUAGUAUGUUCGUGCGCUGUAUCAGCAGUGCUUUUCUUAAAACUCCGACCCAUCACGACUUUAAAGAAGAAAACAGCUGCAAUUGCGACGAUAGCCCGGCCACACCCACCGACAGCUCGGUUUUAUUCGUAACAUUCAUUGAUAUUAUUUAAUUUGUACAUAUUAGUGUGAUGAGACUGAAGUAUGUAGAUUAUUCCAAUUUCAUUAACCUGUUCUAAAUAGUUUGCUCAAUAUAUUAAUGAUCAGAUGUUCAAAAUAAUAAAAUAUAGUUAAUUCAACCUGUUAAAAUUCAUCCAUACUCGUAACACAGGUCAAUUUUGGUAAAAAACUUCAGUGACAUCGUCAAUUUGUUUCCUAUUUAUAUACAAAGUUAUUAGUUCUUCCUCCUGUAUUAUUGAUAUGUUUGAUGUUUAUUGAAAGGAAACUACCUGUGUACUUAACUCUUAAUUAGGUCAAAUUUUUAUUUUACGACACAAAUAUAGUAUUAAAUAAUAUAAGUACAAUCUUCUGUUACCUCUUUGCAAAUAAGAGUACCUAGGUAUUUAUAUUUGUCUCAGGGGCAACGGAAAAUACAUGCGUGGUAAUAACAAUCAGCAUUUAGGUGAACCGCUAGAAUAUAAAUUAAAAUAACUUGUCAUUAGUAUUAAUAAUUAUUUAUUCUAGGUAAGUUUAUUGCUGUAGCCACAUUGCUACAUGUAAUAUAUUUAUGUUAUACCGCCUCAGUACCUCUUCUUUUUUAUUUAUUGUAUUUCUUUACAGAUUUCAAUGAUUUAUGAUAUGUUACUUAUUUGUUAUUUUUAGUUAUUUAUUGUGAUUGUUUUAUAUGCAAUAUUUGAAAGCAUGCCAUCAUCCUUAAUAUCCAUAUUUAAUUAAAAUCAUUAUUCUGUUUGACGGUUAUAAAUCUGUAUAAGUGUAGAAAAUAAUUUAAAAAAUAAACUCAAUACGACAGAGGAAGGUGUUAUUUUAUUCGAUUUAUUUACUUUAAAGCAUUUUAUCAAAAGUACCUAAAGCCUGACCAGUAAUAUAUGAACACGCGCCAUGUUGCGGAAUUUCAUUGGAACUAUUUUUUCAUACUAAAUGAAACUGUAAUCCUAUACAUGAUAAUAACAGCGCCCUUUGACAAUGAUCAUAUAUUCCUGGUCGAGCUUUAAGCAUUAAAUAAAGCUACUGAUUGAAUAGGUGGGAGUUUUCAGAAAGUAGGGUACUGCAGUAGUAGGGUAGUUAUUAAGAAAAUGUAAUCACUGUCAGUUUUGUGACCAUAAUUAAGCAUUGUAUUAUAAUAAAAAAUUGGCUUUUGUGUUCAUUACAUAAACUAUAAGCGAUAUACGGUACAAUAUGAAAAAAGGCAAAAAGUUGAUUCCCAUAAAGAUUUUAUGCUUAAUUAUCGUCACAAAUCUGAUAGCUAUUAACUUUUCUUAACUAGUUACGCUAAUAGGGUACACUAUUUUCUGAAAACUUCCGAACAAAGUCGGUAUUUGUCAAGAUAUAUUAUUUUUAUUCCAAUUAUUACUUUAGAUAAGCUAGUACUUCGCUGUACUAUUAAGGGAUAAUAUAGUAUUAUCUAUUUCUUGUCCAACCUUUUUAUAAUCUUGACUUGAAGUAAGAUACGCGGGCCAAAGUUUCCAUCAAAUCCAUUACUGUAAUGUUUUUUACGUUAUGAAAGCAUAUAAGUAUCGAUUAUAGGGAGUGUGCAUGAACUGUGAUAUAUGGCAGCACUAGAGAUGGGUAAGGGUAAGUAAAUACUGAGUAUUUACUUAGUAUCUACUAAAAGCACCCGAUAAAUACUCGUACUUAUUCAUUUAAGUAAGUAAAAACGGUUGCUAAUAAAAUAUUUUAAAAAGUGAGUAUAAAGAACUAAAUUGUUUCUUAUUGAAGAGUGUUAAUGUAUAUUAACCAUAUUUAAAUAAUAAAAAGCAAAUAAGACGCUUAUUUUUUGAAAAAAAAGGCUAAUCAUCAAUGAGAUGCAAAUUAUGAUAAUGCAUAGUUAACAAUUUUGUUUUUAACAAGAAAGUUUACUUUUGAAAUAUGGGACUUAAGUUCUAUCGAUGUUCUAGAUACCUGCACUUACGACCUUUUAUUAAGGUUUUUUUAGAAAAUUCAAAAAUGGCCCAACGCAUCAUGUUCAAAGUAUUUUUAGGGUUCCGUAGCCAAAUGGCAAAAAACGGAACCCUUAUAGAUUCGUCAUGUCCGUCUGUCUGUCCGAUUCUGUCACAGCCACUUUUUUUAAUACUCUAUUAUACGGCUAAUCUCCCGAUAUUUUUUCAUAUUUUUUUUUAACUUUGGUUUGAAAGUUAAAGAGUUAUUAACAUUAUUUCGGCCUUUAGAAACCGGUUUUGUCCAAAAGUAUUCAAUUUACCCAAACAGGUUUGUAGAAACAUUCACGUUAUUUUUAAAGAUCCAUUUAAUGAUAUGUAACACAUUGCUGUCUUUUGUUUUUUUUUUUUUUUGACAAUAUUUGCACGUAUGAAGUGCCCAACUUAAAAAUAUAUAUUACAAUUUUGAGUAUAUAAUCCAGUAGCGGCUUACAAAAUACACCCAUAUUUCAACUUCAUAUUUAUAAUCAAGCAGGCCUAUGGAACCCUCCGCGCGAGCUCGGAUUUAUGCCUACGAAUCUCGUCCCGUUCACGGCACAAAAGCAAGGCAGUUACUUGCCACACUCGCUUACUCACGCACGUCACCACGCGCUCCAAUAUGCCAGGCCGUGUAGCCAACGUGCCAAUCGUUAACGCUCCGUAGCGUAUCGUAGUCAUCUAUCACUCUUCUAUAUUCUCUUCUAUUGACGACCGGUCUGCCCUAGUGGGUAGUCACCCUGCCUAUGAAGCCAAUGGUCCGGGGUUCAAAUCCUGGUAAGGGCAUUUAUUUGUGUGACGAGCACGCAUAUUUGUUCCUGACUCGUGGGUGUUUUUUAUGUAUUUAAGUAUCUAUAUAUUAUACAUAUUGUUGUCUAAGUACCUCCACACAAGCCUUAUUGAGCUUACUGUGGGACUUAGUCAAUUUAUGUAAUAAUGUCCUAUAAAAUUUAUAAUUUUAAAAUUUAUUUAUUUUUAACUUAAUUUUUAUUCUAUAUAAGUGCGACAGUAAUAGUUGAGUAACUAUUACUGAGUUGAGUUUCGUUCGCUACGGAGCGUUAAAGAUUGGCACGUUGGCUAUGCGGGCAGAGAUCAUACGAAAGAAAUGUUUUCGACACAGCUUAUCGUGUAUCCACACGAUGCAGAAAUUAUUCAUUGGGUUUAGAAUCUUUGCCACGAUCAAGUUUAAUAUAAUAACAGAUCACUUAAAAGUAGAGGGAGUUCUUUGUGCAACAAGAUAGGAAAGUUAGUUUUUCUUGCGAUGGACUCAAAAACACGAGAUGUAAAAUAACUUUGCUCUCGUGUGACACAUUCACCUCAGUAGUGAGAACAUGUAAAAGGUUAAAAUUUUAACAUCA